AUGGAGGCUAUUCAGACCCACCCUGGCAAUGCCAACCAGGCCAAGAACUUCAUGUCUCCUGGCUCGCUGUCCUUCCCCACUGGCCACAACGAAUUGACACCUCCUGGCGACGCUGGUCUCAAGGCUCCUCAGAACGGUGCCCCGGCUGGCUCUCCGCUUGCCAAUGGCAAUGGUGUUGCGCCUGCCACGCCUGCUGCCACCCCCGGUGCGCAGCAGACCGGCAGCGGCCUGACCCCGACUCUGCAGAACAUCGUGGCAACUGUCAACCUGGACUGCCGUCUGGAUCUGAAGACGAUUGCUCUUCAUGCUCGCAACGCUGAGUACAAUCCCAAGCGAUUCGCCGCCGUCAUCAUGCGUAUUCGUGAGCCCAAGACGACCGCCCUGAUUUUCGCCAGUGGAAAGAUGGUCGUCACUGGUGCCAAAUCUGAGGAUGACUCCAAGCUUGCUAGCCGCAAGUAUGCUCGGAUCAUCCAGAAGCUCGGCUUCAACGCCAAGUUUACCGACUUCAAGAUCCAGAACAUCGUUGGAUCUUGUGAUAUCAAGUUCCCCAUCCGUCUGGAGGGUCUCGCUUCUCGUCACCACAACUUCAGCUCCUACGAGCCUGAGUUGUUCCCCGGUCUUAUCUACCGCAUGGUCAAGCCCAAGAUCGUACUUCUGAUCUUCGUUAGCGGCAAGAUUGUCCUCACUGGUGCCAAGGUCCGAGACGAGAUCUACCACGCUUUCGAGCUGAUCUACCCCGUCUUGCAAGAUUUCCGCAAGGUCUAG